AUGGCCAAAGAACAACCUUACUCUUACCAUGAUGCCUUAGGCCUACGGGUUAACAUUUGGAAACCCCAAGCUCAAAGAAGCAGGUUACCUACGAGCAGAAUCAAGAAAAUGUUGGAGUAUGAAAUUGAAGCCCGAAGGAUGUUAGCUGUUUCUUUGAUAUGCACGCUAUGCCAUGCUUCCUAUUGCCUCUUUUACUCUAAAAUUUCAAUGGCAUCCUUAGAUAUUCGUUCAUUGCUUGUAUUCUCUGCCAUUUUUCGAUUUAUUUUGAUUGUGUACGGAGAGUGGCAAGAUACUCACAUGGAGGUUAGAUACACUGAUGUUGACUACCUUGUCUUUUCUGAUGCUGCUGCUUUAGUGGCUGUGGGUGAUUCCCCUUAUAAGAGAACCACUUACCGCUAUUCCCCCUUGCUUGCUUUUCUUCUCAUUCCAAAUUCAUUCAUCCAUCGCUCCUGGGGGAAGUUCCUUUUCUCGGCUUCAGAUAUACUUGUGGGAUAUUUCAUAUAUUAUAUUUUAAAGCUACGGAAGGUUCCUGAAAAUCUGUGCAACUAUUCUGUCAUCAUAUGGCUCUUUAAUCCAUUUACCUUCACCAUUGGGACACGUGGGAACUGUGAACCUAUUGUUUGUGCCAUGAUAUUGUGGAUCAUUAUCUGUCUUUUGAAAGGUAAUGUGUUACAGUCAGCAUUUUGGUAUGGACUUGUUGUCCAUUUCAGGAUAUAUCCUAUAAUUUACUCUAUUCCUAUAAUCCUGGUUCUUGAUCCGAACUCCUUCCCAUCUCAUCAGAAACCUGUCAUAAGGAACUGGAGUGCUGUUCAGGGAGAGAGACCCAAAGAUGGGAGUGGGUGGCAUACUUUACACAAUCUAUUUAAAAGCAUAUUCACAUGGAACCGGGUGAUAUUUGGACUGAUCUCAGGAUUGGUUUUCCUCUUUUGUACUGGUCUUUUCUACUGUUUAUAUGAGUGGGAAUUCCUACAUGAGGCUCUAUUGUACCAUCUUACUCGAACUGAUCCAAGGCAUAACUUCUCCAUCUAUUUCUAUCACAUAUAUCUUCAUUAUGGACAUGAUACUUCAGUGGUGGAAAAGCUUAUCUCCUUUUUGCCCCAACUUUUGGUUCAGCUGGUUCUUAUCUUCUGCUUUGCACAAGAUUUUCCGUUUUGCCUAUUUGUGCAGACUGUGGCCUUUGUGGCUUUGAAUAAGGUGAUUACAGCCCAGUAUUUUGUUUGGUUCUUUUGCUUGUUGCCUCUAAUACUUCCUUGGAGUAAAAUGAAACUUAGAUGGGAUGGACUAUCUUGCAUUCUUUUGUGGAUUGGGGCUCAGACCCAUUGGUUGAUGUGGGGCUACCUGCUUGAGUUCAAGGGUAAAAAUGUCUUCUUACAGCUUUGGGCAGCAAGCUUACUGUUUCUAGCAGCUAACAUAUACAUCCUUGUCAUGAUUAUUCGAAACCAUAAAUACGCUUCUGUUUUCAAAGCUUUAGAGUAUGCUAACUCCAAGACUGCAGCUAAGCUUGAGUGA